AUGCGCGUUUGUAAACGGAGAAAGCUUAUGCGUCAAAAAAUUGACCUCUCUGAUGGAUUUUCUGGUCCAGAUGAUUCAAAUGAGGAUCCUGAGUUUGUGCCUAAUUCAACAAAUGAGACUGGUUCUCUUCAAAAUUCAAACUCCAAGAAUGCGAAUAACUCACGCAAGUCAAAGUCUUUAAAUAAUACGGACGAAAAAGUCCCAAAACUGGAUCUUCGCUUCUUACAAAUACCUCCAUCUAAAGAAAAUUCAAAAAAAGAUUUUUGUAUAUAUUGCAAAAAACUCAUAUCUAAAUUAGGCAGGCAUUUAGAGAACGUACAUAAAGAAGAAGAUAAUGUAAAACGCUUUGUUGCUUAUCCUAAAAAUUCAAAAACAAGAAAAUCGUUGAUAAAUAAUAUUAGAAAGAAAGGUAAUUAUCUUCACAACACCAAAAGUAAUUUCAAUACUGGCAUUUUAAUUCCAUGUCGUAGAAGGCAAAAUAGAUUACAAAAAACAUCAGAAGACUACACAGUAUGUUCAUAUUGUAAAGGAACAUUCUCAAAAUUGACAAUUCGUCUUCAUUAUAAAUCCUGUAACCCGAAUCACAAGAAUGGGUCCAAAGAUUGUUUCACUACUAGUCGUCAAUUCAUGCCGAAUGUGCAUCCUCUUGCAGGUGAGGUUCUGAGAAAAGAAGUUAUGCCAGUCUUAAAAGACGAUAAAAUAACAAAGCAAAUUCGAUAUGAUAAAUUAAUUAUAAUAAUGGGAAACAAAUUAUGCGAAAAGUAUACUCCAAAACAUCAACACGACAUGAUACGGUCGCAUUUGAGAUUGCUAGGGCGCUUAAAAUUAGCUCUUUUGGAGUCAAACAAAGAAAUCACUGAAUUGUCAUUUCUUUUUAGGCCUCAAAAUUAUGAUCAUUUUAUUAAAGCUGUCAGAGAUUGUGCUGGUUACAACGUCAAAACACGCUUGUUUAAAUCUCCUUCCGUUGCAUCGAAUUUAGGAACACUUAUUAAAAAAUGUGCUAACACGUGGAUAGCUGAAUGUAUCAAAUCGCAAAAUGUUGAUAUGAAAAAGGAUACUGAAAACUUUCUUAUUUUGUACGAAAAUGAUUUCCCGACAGCAGUGAACAAAGCCGUAAUGGAAAACCAGCUUCAGCAUAAAAUAUCAAAAAAAGAAAUUAUUCCAUCAAACAGCGACAUUCAAAGUUUAUAUUCUUAUUUAAAAGAUAUAUGUGAGACAUCUGUAAAUAAAUUAAGAAAAGGAUUUAAAAUUGAAGCAUGGAAAUCAUUGUCUGAGGCUACAUUAAUAAUCAUGCAACUUUUUAAUCGCAAGAGAGCUGGUGAAUUGGAGCGAAUUUAUAUAGCCGACUUUGAAAAGAGAGUAUCCGUAAAUAACAGUAAUGAUGCACAUAUGUUCAAUACUUUAAGUAAAAAUGCCCAGAAAGUAGCUGCGAAAUAUGAAAGUAUGUCUCUUCGUACAAAACUGGGACAAAAAGGUUCAGUUAUACUAGAAUCUGAUGUUGUGAAUUACAUAAAUAAAAUUUUAAAAUUGCGAAAGAAAGCCGGUGUCUUGGAAACAAAUCCAUAUGUCUUUGGGAUAGCAGUAACAAACGAUACUGCAAAAAAUUAUCUUCGGGCAUGCCCACUAAUGCGAAAGUUUUCAUUGGAAUGUGGAGCAAAUAUUCCAGAAACGCUUCGAGGAACGGCACUUCGCAAACAUGUAGCAACGUAUACUGCAGCAAAAGGAACUACGGAUGGAAAAGUGUCAGAUCUUGCAAAGUUUAUGGGCCACAGUAAAGAUAUCCAUAAGGAUAUAUAUCGACUACCACUUCCAUUAAGGGAAAUUACCGAAGUUUCGCAGUUGUUAGAAGCAGCAUUAGGACCACAGUCAGACAAACCUAAUUCGAACGAAGAUAAUACUAACGACACUGAAAAUGAGCAAUUCGAGAAUAAUAAUUCUACCUUACCAAAUGAAAGAACUUCUACUUCAAUUGAAUACGAUUCAUCUACAGCUGACGAUGUGGAAGAUGGCAAGCAAUUUGAUGAAACUUUAGAACUUUCUGGAAAAUCACUUAAUAACCGAAAAAAAUGGACAGAUGAAGAGAAGGAAAUGAUUUCCGAAGAAUUAGGAGAUAUAUUGACAUUAAGAAAGUUACCCAGCUUAAAAGAGUGCAAAUAUAUAAUUGAAAAGUGCAGCUUACAAAGGACACCUGCACAAUUGAAAUCUUGGAUUGAUAAUCAAAGAAAGGCAGAAUCACGAAAAGUAAAAAAAUAA